AUGGAGAAGCCAUCGAAGUCAUGCGCACAUAAAGAGGUGAAAGGUGUAGUUGAUGACGAUGAGCCAGGAAGAGUGGUGGAUAACAGAAGCAACCAAGAGAUGAAGAAGAAAGAGGGGAAGAACAGCAGUGAAAAACCAAAAGGAAUGCCUCAUCAGCAAGUUCCACAGCCUGGAGAUUUCUCCGCCGAAGCCUUGGACAAAGAGCUUCCACCCACUGACGCCUGA